AUGGCGAACGCACCGCGAGACAGCAUUGUCCGAGUCUCCGGCCCUGACUCAAUGGCUCUCCCUCAGAGAUCGACAGGCGCCGGCGAAGGCAGCGCGCAAAAUGCCUCAAACGUGGACGCUUUCGGAGGAGGAGAAACGCCGAAGCCUAAGAAGAAGCGACAUCGAGGUGGCCGGAAUCAUAAGAGGAAGAACAGACGGCAGAGCUUUGCUGUACCGUCAGAGGCGACCGAGAGUGUUGUGGAUGGCGAUGAGCAGAGACCGAGUCUCCUCGACGCAUCACGGGCCAAUGCGUCGCAGCAGGACAGCUUCUAUCGUCUGCAAGGCGGCCGUAGGGGUAGUAAUACCAGUCUAGAGAGCGAGGCGUUGCUGGACCAUCGUGAACAUGCUCCUUUCUCCUCGAGAUCGCGUAGGGAAACGAUCAAGCAGAGCUUUGCUAGAGUCAGCCAGCCCUUCACCAGACAUCAGCAUCGCUCAUCGGAAGCCUCGAUGAGCCACCAGCGAUCCGCAAUGUCUCGAUCCAAGCUCUCGCAGGGACCUGCUGUGAUGAGUGGAGACGACGAUGAUGAGCAGGAUGGCGCACAGGAACGGACACCUCUGUUGGCGAGACGUAGUCGUAAGCCGGACCUCUCUCGCAACAACAGUGGAUACAAUCAUGGCUACAAUACUGGUGUGGAGGGUCUCAGGAAUCGUCGUACUUCGAAUACCUCAAAGGCCUCCUCGCGCCGUAGAAUGGAACCUCUUGGCAUGAUCUCUCACAACAAUUUACCAGAGGAGCCAUACGAUGUAAACAACCCUCCAUCUGUGCCUGGGUCGCCGACCAUUGGUUCGAUGGAUGAUCUUUUCAUUGCUGGUGCAAGCUCUGAUCGGGGUCGUGACCGUGAUGCCAUCAUCAGCAUUGAUGAGCACGACGACGAUCGACGCUACAGCGGGUCGCCGGAAGAUCGACGGAGGGCAACCGUGGCUGAGCUGGCAUCGAAGGAUGUCUGCUUCCCUGGCGAAGACGAUGCGACUGACAUUGGUGACGGAGAGGAAACGCUUCAUGCAGACAGAGACUCGUCCCAGCGCCGAAGGAGGAAGCGUGGCAAAGUCUGGCCUGAUCUCGACGUGCUUGAGGAUUGGAGCCGAGAGGAGAAAGAAGAGCGCACGCAUCAAGACCUGCUCCGCGCGAAGAAGAUCUCUGAACCGGUCAUGGUUGGUGGGCGACUGCGUCCAGUGAAGACGAAUUGGCAUCGCCAGAUCGAUGAGUCGCCUUUCAGGUUCACUUACUUCAACGAGACCCUUGACUCCACGAUCCACGCUCGAACGAUCAGCGAUUUGCAGGAUGGAUGCACGUUCAAGGAGCUGUUCCGUCCAGAUCCCCCUGAGAUCUGUGAAAGCAGCGAGGAUGAGGAUGAUUGCGAAGAUGAAGGGAGGACCGAAGACAAGAUGGAACGACCACCAAUGAACCAGCAUCGCUCCAACAGUGACGGAACUGCCAAGAAACCAUCCGUUGUACCUGACCUGCUCGACAGGCCCAACUCGGUCAUGAGCAACCACAAAUCAGUCGCCGACUCUGCUCCUGCAUCUGGCUUGGCUACUCCCAAGCCGAAGCAAAAGCGAUAUGGCAACCGUCCCACGUUCUGGCUGGACGUACUCAAGCCCACCGAGACGGAGAUGAAGGUCAUCUCAAAAGCUUUUGGCAUUCACCAGUUGACCUCCGAAGAUAUCCUCAUGGACGAGCCUCGCGAGAAAGUCGAGCUGUUCCCACAUUACUACUUCGUCAACUACCGCACCUUUGAGCAGGACAAGGACGAUGAGGAGUACAUGGAGCCCAUCAACAUGUUUGUCCUCGUCUUCCGCGACGGCGUCAUCAGCUUCCAUCAUUCGGAAAGCCCCCACCCAGCCAACGUCCGACGACGUGUCCGCCAGCUUAAUGAUUACAUGAGCCCGACGGCAGACUGGAUCAGCUACGCCAUUAUCGAUGAUGUGACUGACGUCUACGCCCCGCUUGUCUCCGAGAUCGAGAAAGAGGUUGAUGAAAUCGAUGAAGAUAUCCUCUACAUGCACACAACAGCCGCCGAUCAAGCUGAGGGCAAAGUCUCCCCCUCCCAGAAGAAACCGGCCCAACGCCCCAAGAGCCAAGGAAAAGGCAACACCCAAGCAGAUGCCGGCGCCGCCAAGAGCGAAGGCGAGAAGAUUACCGGAUCCAGUGGUGGUGACAUGCUGCGCCGUGUUGGUGAAUGCCGCAAGAAAGUCAUGGGUCUCUACCGCUUGCUGGGCAACAAAGCCGAUGUCAUCAAGGGUUUCGCCAAACGUUGCAACGAACAAUGGGAUGUCGCACCGCGAUCUGAAAUUGGUCUUUACCUGGGCGAUAUCCAAGAUCACAUCGUCACCAUGACUGGCAACCUCUCCCAUUUCGAAAGCCUCCUCUCCCGAGCCCACGGCAACUACGUCGCCCAAAUCAACAUCCGCAUGAACGAGCGCGCCGAGCAAAACGCCGACGUGCUGGGGAAACUCACAGUCCUGGGAACGAUCGUUCUGCCCAUGAACAUUAUUACUGGAAUGUGGGGAAUGAACGUCUGGGUGCCGGGGCAGGAGUAUGAGGGAGAUUUGACGUGGUUCUGGUGCAUCACGGCGGGUCUCCUGGCUUUUGGUGUGACUUGCUAUUUCAUUGCGAAGAGGGUUUAUGGUAUAGUGUGA